AUGACACACAGAGCUCACACCUCAUGCUCUCAUGCAGGGAUCUCUGGCUUGGAGGAAGUCUAUCACUCCCUGGGACCUGGCAGAAAGGCUGACAGGGAUUUGGCGAUAGGAAUCAUCCUUCUACUACAGAUAAUAGUUGGAAUUCUGGGGAAUUUCUCUCUUCUUUACCAUUAUCUCUUGCUUCACUUGACAGAAUGCAGGGUUAGGUCCACAGAUGUGCUUCUCAAGCACCUGACUGUGGCCAAUCUCUUAGUCAUUUCUUCUAAAGGAAUCCCCCAAACGAUGGUAGGUUUGGGAUUGAAAUAUUUCCUUAGUGAUUUUGCAUGCAAACUUGUUUUCUAUGUGCACAGAGUGGGCAGGGAUGUGGCCAUUGGAACCAUCUGCCUCCUGAGUGUCUUCCAGGUCAUUAUAAUUAGUCCCAGAAACUCCAGGUGGUUAGAGCUUAAAGUGAGAGCUCCCAGGUACCUGGGCACCUCCAGCAUCCUCUGCUGGGUCCUGAACAUGAUGCUAAAUAUUACUGCUAUUUUGUUUAUGACUGGCACAAGAAACAACAUAACCAUUACAAGGAAAAGUGAUUAUGACUACUGUUAUUCCAUAAGUGGUAGCCACAUAGCACAGUCAUUGUAUGUAGCAUCAAUAUUGUUUCAUAAUGGUUUCUGUUUGGGGCUCAUGAUCUGGGCCAGUGGCUGCAUAGUUUUCAUCCUGCACCAGCACAAGCGGCGGGUCCAAUACAUUCACAGGAAUACUCUUUCCCCAAGACCCUCCCCUGAGAGCACAGCCACCCGAAGCACUCUUGUCCUGGUGAGCACUUUUGUUUCCUUCUGGACUCUGUCCUCCCUCUUCCACAUCUGUCUGGUCGUGUUUAACAACCCCAGUCUGUGGCUGAGGAAUGCUUCUGUACUACUGAACGCAUGUUUUCCUACUGUCAGUCCCUACAUCCUCAUGAGCCAUGACUCCAGAAUGUCCAGCCUCUGCUUUCCUUGCAAAGGAACACAAAAUCACUUAAGCUGA